AUGUCUAAACAGGUCCGCACUCUCCUCCAAGCUCGUGAUGCUGCCAUCAGGUCUGGUGACAGAGCGCUAUACAGUGCCGCUCAAGCUGACCUGGAGAAGGAAAUCAAAAGAGCUAAGAAAGACCAUAAGAGAACAGAGUCCCAUAUGUCCAGUAACAACCACAGAGAAAUGUGGAGGAGCAUCCAAAACAUCACCAACUAUAGAGGCUGCAGUGCUACAGCUACAGGACAGAGCGCGACGUUAGCAGAGGAGCUUAAUUGCUUCUUUGCUCGUUUUGAUACCGCCCUAUCUGCUCCUGGCCUGACCUCACCAUCAAUGGGUCGCUGUGCUACUCCAGCCCUGCUCCCACCUUUACACCGCUCUGACACUCCCCCUCUCACUGUUCAGGAGCACGAGGUUAGAAGGGUGCUUCUAGCUGUGAACCCCAGGAAGGCCACGGGCCCUGACGGAGUACCGGGCAAGGUGCUUAAAGCAAGUGAUUUCUAG